UGCUCCCCAGAUGACUUCAGCCCCCCUGCACCCAGUGCAUAGCCCAGGAAUAUGGUGUCCAGCUGCCUGGACCAGAGCCAAGGCUGGAGGAGGGAGACGACAUGGAGCAGUACCUCACCACGUUUGAGAGGCUGGCUGUGGCUUACCGUUGGCCACCUGCUGACUAGGCCAUCAUGCUGGUGCCCUACCUGACCGGUAGAGCGAGGGCCGCAUAUGUCAUCUUGGCUAAAUAUGAAAUUAAUGCUGAAGUGUAUCGCCAGAGAUUCAGAGACCCUGGCAUUCAGUCGACUGAGACGCCGAGAGAGUUUCACCAUCGCCUGAAAGACUUGUUUCAGAAGUGGAUCAAGCCUGAGCGAAGAACAGUGGAGGAGAUCGUUGACCUGCUCAUAUUGGAACAGUUCCUGCGCUCCCUGUCGCCAGAGGUACGGACGUGGGUGAAGGAGCACGACCCACGCACAGGAAGCAGAGCUGCUGAGCUGGUGGAGGCCUUUCUUGCUGCUCGACGUGGGUCUCAAGACUUCCGUUUCCAGCACAUGCGUCGGCCGGCUGAUGGGACUGCACCUGGGGCUGGUGGCAGUGAAGCUGGUUCGAGGCGCGGUGAGCAGUGGAGGGAUCCAAGCCGUGCUGCAUCUCCACCACUGCAAAGACCAUCUCAACCAAAGAAACUCAACAGAUGAACAAUCUCUAGGGGGGAAAUGCAUUGGCCACGGUGUAGUACGGGGGCGUUGCCUGAGGACACGAGUGGAUGGAAAAUUAACUCCCUUGCGCAUAGUCAUUGGUCAGUGGGUGCGAUGGAUACAAUUUCCAUACUCCCUUGCGCAUGGUCAGUGGGGGCGACACCAUGAUGGCUAAUUUGUGGCCAAAUUAAUGGCAGCUGUUGGUCAGCAGUAAUUGCUGGGGGUAAUUAAGGACAGCUGACAAACAUUCACGCUGUCCUAUGACCUGUUCCACACUCCGACCCUCGCGGAAGUGUCAUUGCAUGCUUCUCUGAUGCGUCCAAUACUGACCAUAGAAGAAGAAUAAAAUUUCCGUACUCCCCUCGCCAUCAUUUCAUACUACGCUGUUAUGACGUGAGUAAGCCCUCUUGUCUCAAGCCUCUUUGAUCUCAACCUACAGACCCGGCAGACACCAACUCUCCGUCACCAGUGAAGCAAGAGCUGAAGGUGUGUUACUUUUGUGGCCAGCUGGGCCACUUCAUCAGAUUCUGCCCGAGCAAGAGACGGAAAGGCUCUGGUAUGACUGCGGAGCCGACGUGUGGCUCUCCUGUGCAUCCAGGAGGGGUGCAAACCACAGACUUCGCCGCAGCCGCCGAAAACACCAAUGGGCUGUGCCACCUGAGCCAGACACAAGGCCUUGGUUACCGUGGGCUGCAGAAGGACUAAGCUGGGGCCCAGCAUUGCCCUCGUUCCCAGACCAAGGGUGGUGGACGUCUUAGCUCUCCACCACAGUGUCGAGCUGCCAGAGGUGGUGGGAAAUGUGAAAAAGGCAACCUGCUUUUUCACCGUUGGCAACUUCCCCCUCCCCAACUACAACAGGUAGCCUACCCUGACAAACAUUUCCAAACUCACUCGCGACUACCGGCACACACGCAAUUAGCGAAACGCAGACAUUCUUUCAUCCAUACACUCACAUUAGCCUACCAUCAUGCAUAUGCUGUUACUUACUCGGUUCCUCCGUAAUGACUUGUCACACAUUUCCACCGCAUAUUUCCAACACUUUGCACCUGCAUUCCCCACGACAUGACAAACACUGAUAGUACCCAGUUCCCUGUCCCCCACAUUCUGUGUUCCCCCAGGAAACCUGAGCUGACGGUUCCAGAAGACUUUUAAUGUUUGUUUUGAACUUGGGGAAAUGGACGAUUGGGGCAGUGGGAUGUUAAAUUUCUGAUGAUGAUUUUAGACCUGUUAAGUAUUCUAAAUGUAUAUAAUGUUGUAAAAUGAAAAAAGGGGGAAAAAACGAUUUUAUUGUCUUGUGCCAGGUGGCAAUUGAUGUAGUUUUUAACAAGGUAACAAAAGUUGGGUUAAUUGAAUGUAAUUUUGGCGUCAAACACCACCUGGCCAGGUAAUUAGUAGUCCUUUAACUAGGGAGUGUGUUUGCCACUCUUGAGAGAGAGAAUGAGGAGGAAGGUUGGUGUUUGUGCUGCUGCUGCUGCUGAGGUUUGCCUAAUCUUUGAACUGUAACUAUUUAUUAGCCGGUCCUGAACAACUCUCUGGUUGGUUUUUGUUUUCUUCAUUUUGAAAGUCUUUUGUUUUGUCACAUUUUGCGCACUUGUAAAUAAAGCCUCACUAGCACAAUUUCUGCAUCUG